AUGGCAGCAGAUUAUAUUAAAUCAGUGUCAAACGUACUACCAGAUAUUGGAAUUAUAUGUGGUAGUGGUCUCAGUAAAUUAGUCGAAGAGAUAGAAGAACGUAAGACAAUCCCUUACAUAAAUAUACCAAACUUCCCAAAAACAACCAUUGCUGGACAUGUUGGAAACUUAGUGCUUGGAAAUCUUGGUGGUCGCAAAGUAGUUGCAAUGCAAGGGAGAUUUCAUAUGUAUGAAGGAUAUUCAAACGAAGAAAUUGCACUUCCUAUUCGAGCCAUGAAGCUCUUGGGAGUUAAAGUUCUUAUGAUUACCAACUUAGCUGGUGGGAUUAAUAGAGAGCUUAAAAGUGGAGAUUUUGUAAUAAUAAAGGGUCAUAUAAAUUUUCCUGGACUUGGGUUAAAUAAUGUGUUGGUUGGACCCAAUCAAGAUGAAUUCGGACCUCGAUUUCCCGACCUAUCUAAUGCUUAUGAUCGUCCUUUGCGACAAUUGGCUUUAAAAAUAGCACAGGAAUACGGUUUUCAGGAUUUGGUUCGCGAGGGUGUUUAUGCUUUUAAUGGUGGUCCUACAUAUGAAACUCCCGAUGAGUCCAAUAUGCUACUCAAGUUGGACUGUGAUGUUGUUGGCAUGAGUACUGUACCAGAAGUAAUAAUUGCAUGUCAUUGUGGAAUCAAAGUGCUUGCUGUCUCACUAAUCGCAAAUAAUAGUAUUUUGGACGCAGAAAAUGAUGUUAGUAUAAAUCACGAAAAAGUUCUAGCUGUGGCUGCGAAACGUGCCGAUCUGUUACAAAUGUGGUUCAAAAAAAUUAUCACCAGAGUUUCAUUAGACUAAGGUG